UCUGUUUUAUUUCUCAUUUCGUAUUUAAACAUUAAUUUAUUUCAGAUGUCCAAUGAUAAUUCUUCUCCGAUUUUUUCCCCAAACAUGGAACUCUCACCUGUACCAGAUUAUGCGUAUGAGGUACAGCACGAUCAUCAACAGGGUGAAAUGAUUAAUAUGUUUAAUUUUGAGACUCAAUCCGGGGAUAGCGGUUAUAACACGCAACGAUAUGGGAUUUUCUCCCCGUUGUCUCAUAUGGAAAUAGAACCGCAAUACGUCAUCGGACUAUAUGAUGAUGAUGAGCCGUUGCCAGUUAUUCUAUCACCUGAUUUGGUAGAGUUUUUUUUACAACCUGGUGGCGAACAUAGCUCGAAACCACAACAGAAUAUUUUGCAACAAUAUUUUCUGUCGCCGGAUAUGUUUGGGCCGUCUCAACAAUAUAACAUUUCAAUCACGGCUCCGGGACAGAAUAGCGAGUCAGAAGGGGAAAUUUCCCAAAGUAUAUUGGCCCCCCAGCGUAACCGUAGGAAAUUACGUCCUAAAGAAUCAGACGAAGAAACCUGGUUUAAUGACAGUAGUAUUAAAUAG